AUGUCUACUCAAGGACAGAUAAUAACAUGUAAAGCAGCUGUUGCUUGGGAGCCUAAUAAACCUUUAGUUUUUGAACAAGUUGAAGUUUCUCCUCCAAAAGAUGGGGAAGUUAGAAUUAAGACACUAUCAGGCAAAGACCCAGAAGGCAUAUUUCCUGUAAUAUUUGGACACGAAGCUGUUGGACAAGUUGAAUCUAUUGGAAAUGGUGUUGAGAGUGUUGCUAUAGAUUAUGUAAUUCCUUGUUUUGUGCCUCAAUGUAGAGAAUGUGAAUUUUGCAAAAAUCCAAAGACUAAUAUGUGCCAGAAAAUAAGGUUUAAAAAUUAA